CUAGUUAUACAUAUAUAUCUUUUAUCAUAACUCUAACAAUUUCUCGACGUUCCUUCUUUUUACAUGUCCACGGUGGAUGUAAACAUCAGAGCAGACACCUGCUAGCAAAAGGCAAAGCCAGCGUAAUAGCGUGAAUCCAGCUUAGACACCGUUAGCCGCUUUGCUAAUAGUAGCAACCGCGUUAAUUCAGACUAAUACGAGUAAAGCGUCCAAUGAAAAUAAUUGAGAAACGCUGUGAAAAUCCCUGUUCGGGUUUGCCCGGGGCCUUUUAACCGGAUCAAAUGACCGCAGCUGUCAAAUGGCAGCCGCCGUUCUCCUCCCUCAGCUGUGUGUCCGGUUUUGCUAGCGGUGCGCGCGGUCGGUCUGCGCGCGGUGUUUACGUGCGCUCUGCGGCUCGAGCGGCGGCGGCUCGAGCUUAACGGUAAACCGAACAAUAACCAGUAGCACGACUCAAACCGCACUGACUAGCUGAGCUUUAGCUAAUAAUAAUAAUACCCAGGGCUCGGUCUGGAUUUGGCUUCAUUUAGCCCAGACGAGCCGAGCCAAGCAGCUGUGCCCGUGGACUGACAACCGGCAACACAAGGCUUAUUUUUUAUCGAGGCUGGCUCUACAUUCCGCAUUUCUCAGACCUUUGUCCCCCUCCAUUGUGUAGCUAACGAUCAUCUGCUGCUGUCUGCCGUAGCCUCUGCCUGUUCUCUGCAUCUAGCUGUAUUGUGAAUCCCUUCUUCCUCAUUUCCUCCUUCCAUCUGAAGACGACAUUGGCAUUAAAAAAAACCGAGUUCCCACUCAUACCGUAUCCUUCUGUGUAACAGACUAAAGAAUAACACCUUCUUUGUAGAAAACAGUUUGUCUUUAUUUAAACUGUCAUGUUGCUCUUUAGUGAAUAACCCAUUGUAGCAUUAGACUUUACUACAGACUGUCAUUGUGAUUCUCCCAUUCAGUGUGGAUAGACUACAUUCUGCUGUAAAUUUCUGUAAAGUGGAUACAUUUUGACUCCUCCCUGAUUCGAUUACAGCCAGGCUUGAUCGAAGUCAUUGGAUUUUGUCUCCAUUCCCCCCCCCCCUAUUUGCAAAGGUGCAUUGUACCAGCAGGUGUAUGAUCACCGUCUCCAAAACAUCUAAUUAUCCUGUUAACUUUCACCAAUUGGCCGGUACCUGCAGAGCUCAAAGCACAGUAGUCUGUGUCAUGUGUAGUUUCAUAUUUGAUGGUCCACUGCACCUGUUACAGUGGUGUAUACAAACAGCUAAUUAUAAUCCUCUCCAUGAGUCAAAGACUGUGUUCCUGCUAGAUGAAUUGGUUUUGACGGGAACAGUAAAUUGGCAGGAGUCUGGGUCUAAAUCAUCCUAUUUGAGAAAUCCCUGUUUUUGAUCCACUUAUCAUGCACAGCCCCUUCUCAAAUCGUUCAGACGCCUCCAGAAUGCUAUCCAUUUUACAGGGAUGUGUAUAUCCUGCACUGCUGUAGAACUCCUUUUUAGAUUUACAAUGUCUUUUAUUCUUUGGUUGUGGUUUUCUACCUUAUGUUCUUGUAUUAGAUCCUAAUGCAUGGUCAUUUUAUACAUUUUGUUUUUCUACAUUGAACAGCAGAUUCCAAUGUAAUCUUUGUGUAGAGAUGUCCCUGCUGUACUGAAAUGUGCUGUAAGCAUACACAUCUACUCAUUGGAUGCUGCUUCUGUUCUGUUAACCCUACAGAGAGCAUGGUUGGGCCUUGCCUUUGGUCUUUAUUUGCAUGGUAUUAUUCUGGUUAUAUAGGCCUUAUUACUCUUAUUAUUACUAUUAUCACACAGUGCCACACAUACUAAUAUUUUCCAAUAAAGACUGUAGUUUUCUUCCUAACCUUCAGUGUGCUUUUUGCUGAUUUCCAUGUGUGCUCCCCCUCUUCCCUUCUUCACUCUGUGCUGUCACUGAGACGGUCCCCUCACUCUAUAUGUGCUCUCAUUUCUCAGCUGUCUUUGACAGAGUUUUCUGCAAGUUGCUACUCUGCUUCUAUUGGAGCGGGGGCAACCAAAUUUUCUUAUUCAUUGAAACAAAACGCAUGUUUAUACCAGAACACGCAGACAUUGGUAAUGUAGUGUCACAUGCUUUCAUUUUCCUUCUAAUCCAUACACAGUUUUUUAUUAAACAAACAUAGCCUCCCUCACAUCCACUCAUUGGUGUUCAUUGGUGUUGAAAUUGUAGCAUUGGAACCACUUCAGGCAAUAUGGAUCUAAUUCUCUAUCAAGGAGCACACUUUACCAGGCACCAACACAGCCAUGCUACCUCCUGCCGACACUUUCACUUGGGCGCUCCGCAGGCACCCAUUUCAGCUGAGUUCCCCCUAGGACAUGCCAGCCAACCGCCCCAGACAGGCCUGGCCACCCACCUGCCCCCAGCACACCAUCCGCCCCUCACUGCCCUGCCUGCACCCCCUCAGUUCCAGGAUAUGCCAGGGCCUCCAUUCCUACCUCAGGCCUUACACCAGCAAUACCUCAUCCAACAGCAGCUUCUUGAAGCGCAGCACCGCAGAAUUCUCCCACACUCCAGAAGAACCCAGGAGCGUAUUCCCCUGAACCCGCACCGGCUGCGUUCAGGUUAUGAGUACUCCCCUCCCCUCCAUGUCCCCCAGCCAAUGACACAACAGCCACGCUACCUGGCCGAAGGCACUGACUGGGACCUCAGUGUAGAUGCUGGCCUCCCUCACCACCAGUACCAGCUCCAGCAGCUUCCACAGCACUAUCAGCAUUACCUGGGCUCCCCGCGAAUGCACCACUUUCCCAGGAACACAUCCUCAGCACAAGUGGUUGUGCAUGAAAUCAGAAACUACCCAUACCCACAGCUGCACCUGUUAGCACUGCAGAGUCUGAACCCUUCAAGGCACGCCACUGCCGUACGGGAAAGUUAUGAGGAGCUGUUGCAGCUAGAGGACCGUCUAGGCAGCGUCAGCAGGGGGGCUGUGCAGACAACGAUCGAGAGGUUCACCUUUCCACACAAAUACAAAAAGAGAAAGCCAAUACAGCUGAAGAUCGGGGAGGAGGAGGAAACAGAUGUGGAUGAGAAAUGUACCAUCUGUUUGUCCAUGCUUGAGGACGGGGAGGACGUCAGGAGAUUACCCUGCAUGCACCUCUUCCACCAGGGCUGUGUGGACCAAUGGCUGGCCACCAGCAGGAAGUGUCCAAUCUGCCGAGUUGACAUCGAAACACAGCUGAACCCUGACAGCUGAUGAGAUUCAAACACCCCCCCCCUCAGCUUGUCAAUCACCCUGGUGUGGUUCCUGCUUUCUUCCAUCCGGGUCUGCUGGACCCUCCCCCCACCCCACCCCACCUCCCCACUGUUGGGUGCUUUGCCAAAAUGUCUCCAGACGUCAUGUGACAUCACCACCCUUUCUGACUCACGCUUUACUGAGCCAAGCCAGGAUUACUAACUGCACGAGAGGCCGCUAAGGACUCUCUCCUUUAGAAGCACAUCCCUCUGGAAGCAAAAGACACGCAAAACACACACAUACUCAUGUACACAGGGUUUACUUGUAGCUUGCUGGUUGUAAGUGGGGUGUUUGUGACUGUUGUGGUGUUGUACCGUAGGUAGCCCUGGGCUGUGUAGCAUGUCCUUAAAGCCAUGACUUAACGUCCUGAGAGUGGUUAACACAUAACCCCACACUGAGCUGGCUACUUUCUCUCUCCUGCUCUCUUUCUGAAUAUAUAAAUAUACAUAUAUAUUUCUCUUUUUUCCAAACACUUUCAAUCAAAGUGAAUAUUCUGCCACAAGAAAGCUUAACAACUAAAUGCUCUGAUGCCAUUUCACCUGAAGAUCAUUUGUGGUCGUUAGUAGAGUAGCAGUAACCGACAAAGUGAUAUCUGACUGGUGGACUGCCUGCCGCCUACUUUUGGGCAGCGAGCACCAGUUGAGUGUUUUAAUUCUCUCAUGCAGCUUUGACAUUUUGCAAUACAGUUGUACAUUUACCUUGGGUUGGUGUCAUGUGAGUAGGUCGCUUUCACUGCUGCUGAAAACUGAGCCCAGUGAUUGAGGCGUUGUGUGUUCUUAAAACUUAAACUUAGGUAGAAAGUGUUUUUACCAAAAUGCAUUUUUUUUGUCACAGUGUAGCUUGACCUGACACACAGGUUCACGUGUGUGUGUGUGUGUGUGUGUGUGUGCGCUCUGCCCUGCUGCGUGUGACAUAACGAAUGUGUCGAACUAACGCGUGGAUGCUUUAAAAAUGUGAGUGUGUUUCAAGGGUUUUGAAGCAACACUUAGACUCACUGUAGUUAUGUAUGAAAAAAAAAAGCAUUGCCACUGGAGUGCUUGUACAAUACAAAGCCAAAAAAAAAAAGGAGUGAAAAAAGGAAGCCAUCAUGCACUGCAGAGUGACGUGGGAGUAAAUGUGAGCUGCCGCUGUACCUGUACUGUAUCUUCAUCUGGCGUGGGGCCAGUGGCAGAACAGUGUGUGCUAAAAAUGCAUGUUUUCUUGUCAACUUGGCCUGUUAGCUUCGAUAGUGUUUCUUCAAUUUCAAAAGGUACAGAGAUGGCUGUGUGCAUGACUUAGUUAAUCUGAGCUGUGACUAUCUUCUCAACACUAACAAAUGAAAAAAAAAAAAAUAUGAGCACGGUGUCAGUGGCUGUUAUCCCCUGACUUGUAGCGUCUGUUCAUCCUGUCCCCUUUGGUGGCAACGACAGGAUCCUCUUUUUGAUGUUUACCUUAAUGCCUAAAGAACAAGCACAUGUGACAAUAGUUAUAGCAACAAAAGUUUGUUUUUCCUUCCUCGGUAUUGCAUUUGGUUUAUAUUUAGGUAUAGAAUCAUGCAGUGUUUCAACAGAGAGAGGAGCUUGCGUAUUGAUCUUGUGUAUUUGUGUGACAGACCUCCCCUCGUGGUUGCUAUGCUGGUUGCUAUGCUGUAUUGCUAGAAACGUGUAGAAUGUGGUGCGACGGAGGCAGCCUCCCUCUCACAGUGCACACAGACGUGAGACAACACAACAGCAGGAGGAAACAUUCAGGCUGUUAAAAUGAGUCGACUUCACGACAGCUCUUUAGUCUCACCAAACUUCUUUGAAUUUUUCUUCUUCAUCCUUUUUUUUUUGUUUGUUUUUAGCGUCGGCUUGUCAUUUCAGUUUCAUGAGGCCUGCGUGUUAAUGGAUGCCUUUAGGACCCUCACUGUCCUAUGCACUGUGAUAGUAGUAAAAGAAUCAUUCUUGGCCCAGAGACUUUCUUUCUUUCUAAUUUUUCUCGCCUCUUGGGCCAAGGAUCUUGUUAAUAAGGAUUUUUCUCCCUGUCUUGUGCACUGCCAGUGUUGACACUGCCUCCUCCUGUAGUGGAGUCAUCUGUGAUGAAAUUUUCAUAGUUUACACAGGGUGUUGUCAUUUGAGAUGCCUUAAGUAUUUAACAAUCAUAAUUUAUUACUAACUGUAGAUAUUGUGGGUAUGUAUUUAAUUUUAUAUAGUUUUUUUGGGGGCGACUGAAUCAUAAUUUAUUUAUUUAGAAAUAACACAAAAAUGCUAUGAAAAAAAACUAUUACCUCAUUUUUGCAUUGUUUUAAAUGGGAAUGCUUUGCAUGCAGUUGUACCUUUUUUUUGGAAAACACUAAAGUCAAAGAAAAAAAAAAUCCCUGCUGUUUGAUCUCCACAAGCUGGCUGUGCGAUGUUUACUGUCCAAGGCUGAGCUACUGAGCCCGCUCUCUGUCUAUCUCUCUCUCUCUCUCUCCCUUUCUCUCUCUCUCUCUCUCUCUCUUUCUAUGUCUCUCUCAUGUGGUGCUGUGGAUCUUGGUUACAUUCCAUUCAAUGCAAUUUCUCGGAUCCCCCAUGCUGUGAUGUAUGUAGUGGACAAACUGCAAUGAAGUGAACUGGUUUUUAGUUUGUGAUUCUUUUACUUUGUUUUUUUUGUUUUGCACUCACUGUUUAAAUAUGGGAACCCUCUCACUGGCAAACAGUAGUUAAAUAAUUUAUUCUAACUUAGACUCUGGCUUCUUAUUUUGUAUGUACGCUCUGCUCUUCACACUGCACUAUGGGUCUUAAUAAUAAUAAUAACAACCAUCUGUGAAGCAUGUUCUCUUUAACUCUUUAUAUCUUUCUCUUCAUCUCUCUUUCUCUUCAUUUCCUUUUUUUUUUUUUUUUUUUUUCCAGAAUAGUUUGUAGACUUUCUGCAUAACAAGUGCCUCGCUUUAAGUGUUAAGUGAUAUUUCCAUAUUCCUAAAAACACAUUAAUAAUAACAAUCAACCCCAUGAUGCCACCUUGCCUUAUUGGUUGCAUAAUUAAAAUGAAUGGAUCCAGAAGGAGGUACAACAUUGGACAGGUGUCUAAAAAGCCAUUACUCUCUUCAAUCGAGUCAAACCGGUAGAGGCAUGUUUCACUGUGGGCUUUAA